UUUCUCUCAACUCCUUUUGAAACAGUUUCAUAUCUUUGUUAGGAAAGAAAGGAUGGAAAAACAUAGAAGGAUUUUCACUUCUUCUUUGAUUAUAGUUUCUCUAAUGUUGUGCUCAAGCGCAAUCAUAACUGCUCAAUUAACAGCCGACUUCUAUGCUUCGACAUGCCCUGGUGUAUUCGAAGUCGUUCGGAAAACGCUCAAGUCAGCUAUCAUGAAUGAAAUGAGGAUGGGGGCUUCUAUCCUUCGGCUUCAUUUUCAUGAUUGCUUCGUAAAUGGCUGCGAUGGAUCAGUUCUUUUGGAUGGCAACAAUACUGAGAAGUUGGCACUAGCGAACUUGAACUCAGCGAGAGGAUUCGAUGUCAUCGACACCAUUAAGAGCGCCGUUGAGAGCAAUUGUAGUGGAGUCGUAUCAUGUGCCGAUAUCCUUGCUAUAGCUGCUCGUGAUGCUGUUCUCUUUAGCGGGGGACGUCCUUGGAAAGUUCUCCUUGGGAGAAGGGAUGGAUUAGUAGCCAACGUAACAGGAGCCGGUUCUUCUCUUCCCACACCUUUUGAAUCGGUGUCUCAGAUCAUCGCUAAAUUCGUCGCGGUGGGCCUUGACAUCACAGACGUCGUGUCCUUAUCAGGGGCCCACACGAUCGGUCUAGCUAAGUGUGCCACCUUCAGCCCAAGACUAUUCAACUUCUCCGGCACAGGCAAGCCGGACUCCACCAUGGACACAGACAUGGUCAGCGAUCUACAGAGCUUGUGCCCACAGACGGACGAUGGCAACCGAACCACCGCGCUUGAUCGCGGCUCCACCGAUGUAUUCGACAACCAUUACUUCAAGAACCUUCUCAACAACAAAGGCCUUUUGACCUCAGAUCAGGUCCUUUUCUCGAGCGAUGAGGCAGCAACCACGACAAGAGCUCUCGUCCAAGCUUACAGCAACAACCCUUCUCUUUUCUUCAAGGAUUUCAUUAACUCCAUGAUCAAGAUGGGGAAUAUAAGCCCUUUAACUGGAUCAGCUGGAGAAAUACGUAAGAACUGCCGGGUGGUGAACUAAAGUUGUGUGCACUGAGAGUUGGUGCACUCACAUCUCCCACCGUCUGAUGAGCGUAGGAGGGAAUCUUAACGUGCAUUCUGAAAUGGGUGUUUUUUAAAAUUCGCGCGUUUUGAAUUGCUUUCAGAUUCCCGCCAACGUUUUUUGUUGGAAGAGGAUUGUGUGCGUACCGUCUCUCGGUGCUCACUGUGUGCAUUGUAGUAACAGUGAUUUUAUAUUUUAAGAAGUCA